UGAACAGUAUUGUUCUCCAUGCCACGAUCACUGUAAACAAGUCAAGACAAAAUAUGUAAUUCCUUGUUACCGUUAUGAAGAUGGUAGAAUCGUGCGAAAACUACCAGUAUCUGCAUUCAAGCGAAAUGGCAUGCAAGAUCAGGAACACUCUAAGUUACUUGGCACUACGAAUUUUCUUCAGCGAUGCCCUAGAGACGUUUCUAUAGAAUAAGAAGCCGAUUGAAGUUGCAUUACAAGAUAUAUUGGAUGAUUAGGAAAAAUAUAAUAAAUAAAAUUAACAUUAACUGAAAGUAUAUUUCGUGAUUUGCUCUAACAGAAUUAUAUUGUAAAUGAAGCGCAAAGCAUUAUUUUACAAUAAUUGUAUAAAUUAUAAUGUUUGAAAUGAGGCGAUAUAUAACGAAUCUAGGUAAAUCAACCUACGAUUCUGAUGCGUCGGGCUUGUGAGGUGGCAGUAGGUGCUCGACCCAGGAGAAAACCUUUCGUCACCUCAUCAUAUAGUGCGAACGCUGAAGAAGAAGUUCACCGAUAUAUGUCUCAAGAUGAACGGGUACCUUACAAAAAAUAGUCGAAACACCAAACGAAAUUACGGAAAACAAAGGAUUCGUGGGAUACGCAAUAAAACCUCGAUAAAUUAGGAGCGCUGUAGGAUAAUAAAAAGGCUACACUAUCUAUGCAAUCAUGCAAAUCGAGGAAUGGUUUUUAGCAUUUUUAUCUCGUUUAUUCAUGAGUCGAAUUCCGAAAAUCGUUUUCUGUUAUAUAAAUGUUUAGAUUGUAAAUAAUACAAAUAAAAAGGUUAACACAAUAUUCAUAUAUUGUGAUCAUUCACAUGGUUAGUUAGGGCGUUUUAAGAACUGACUGUAAUUUUGUGAUGAGAAGACGACGUGGGCGGCCAGUACGGUGACUGCCUGCGCGCAUCAUGCGGCAAGCGGUUGCGUUGCUACUUACCGCAUGUGCUGUCUCUGCACAGAUUGCGUGGACACCUAUAUUCUUAGACGGCAGCAGUCAAGUCGAUUUGUGGACGCAAUCAUCAUCAGGUUGUGCAUGCCCAGGUCAAGGAGGAGAAGAGUGCGCCUGUUGCGUGCGUGACGGAGCAUGUCCCUGUGGGGAUUUUGCUCCCGGAAGAUGCGCUCAAUGUGGACUUGAACAAUUUUGUUCGAAUAUGUGCAAUAUGACUAUUGACUCGCGAGUGCUCAAGAAUAAGUCUGGCAAAACUUUCGGCCAGAUCAAAUCUCCAUCCAUAGAGGGUCCCAGCACAUGUUCCUACAUUCUUCAGCCCGAUGCAGGGCAGCGAGUUGAAAUUCAAGUGUAUCGCCUUGUUUCUGUUGGGAGAUACAACGGGUCCAGUUGUGUAGGUGGAUGGUUGCAACUGAGUGGUGCCAGUGCCGUGCAGGAUGCCAGUGGCGCAGCUGACACUAGAUUGUGUGGUACUAACGAACGGUACACACCUCCCGUUGUAUUAUUUGCUGACCACGGCGCUGCUGCUCUUGAUUUUAGGAUAACUGAGAAGACUGAAAGAUCCCAGUUCCUGGCUUUCUUCAGUUUUACAUCUUUAAGCAAUACACAGGGCGUUGGUUUCCAUCCCAGAGGUGGCUCCAGAAUUCCUAAUACAGAUUGUGACUGGUUGUACCAAGACGUCUCGUGUCGUGGCAGCGGUACAUGUGUGUUAGCAAGUCCUGGAUAUCCUGGCCUGUACCCUCCACAUCGUCGAUGCCGAUAUCUCUUUGCUACAAACUCGGUACACACCAGGGUCAAAAUUAUAUUUACAUCUAUAUUGCUACCUAAGAACCAUUGUACUACGGACUAUUUAACGCUCCGGGCUGGCAGUUCGCCGUCAGCACCACUUCUCGCUUCACUCUGCUCUGAAAGAAGCGCAACUUUAGAACAUCCUGGGCCAAAUUUGUUACUGGAAUUCAAUUCUGGGCCUUUGGUAUCACCAUAUGACUACAAUGGCUUCAUUGCGAAGUUAGAAUUCCUUGAAAAAAUAGAAGAAAAUUUUCUCGCACCUACGAUACCUGCUGCGCCACCACUCGCCGCGCUCACACAUUUUACAUAUGGGGAAAGUAAUGUAGCAAUCGAUAACGAUGCAACAUCAAACGAAAUAUCAAAUAAUAAUGGACGUAUAGGAUGUGGUGCAACCGUUCGUGGUUUUGGAGCGGGCGUAAUAAGAUCAGGACAUUUUGAUACAAGAGCAACGACAUGGCGAGCACAAUGUAUAAUACAUUUACUUGGAAUGCCGACGGAUGUGGUUCAAGUAUCUCUAUUUAAUUAUAAUUUAAGGUUACAAGGUUGCAGAUCUCAUAUUGAGGUCUUGGAAGGUGUUCAUGAAUAUGGAUUGAAAGGGGAUAAGGGGGAUAGAUAUGAAAGAGGAGACAGAGCCCUCCUAAGGAUAUGUGGUCCUUCUGUAAGAGAAGCAAGAGAUCCUUCGGGAAGGUUUUUAGUAAGACAGGCCGUUACAUCUAAGAGUUCAAACUUAACCAUAUUAGUGAGAAGAGCUACAACCCAAAGUGUCGACGAAGAGGAAUUUGUGGAUGGCGCCUUCUCAUUUCAUGACGAACAGCAUGAGGGUACGGUUUCACCCGAUGCUACAUGUGCAUCCACACACUACGGCCUUGCUGCGCCGGUGCAUGGUGGGGUUUCAGCUCCUUCACAUCAUCACAUUUUUUGGAAUAUUGAGGAGAGACUUAUGUGCACUCAUCGGUUUAUACCAGCAUCCAAUCAAAGUGUUACAAUCGAGAUCCAAAGAUUGGAGCGUAUGUGGAGCGCUGAACCAACUGGAAGUGUGGUAACCGGAACUGGUGGCUGUCGCACCGCUUGUGGUGAUGCUGGUUGUGAAUGUCGCGCCAACACACCACUUCGAUACCACGACCACGUGGCACUUGUGGCGGGCGAUGGUACACACUUGUCCUGUCUUUGUGGCGAUUUCCAGGCUGCUUGGCUGCCUGUUGUAGUUAGGAGCUGGACGAGCUUGCGCUUGGAGUAUUCAGUCGCCCACUACACGUACGCGAGUCGAGGAUUUGAUUAUGCUGCUGCAUAUAGCUUUAAUGACGAUGCUAUGUGUGGUCAACGCACGUACACUACACAUUCUGGGGAGAUUUCGUCGAAGAAUGUUUCCGUUACGGGCAGUUUAAAUGAAUUUUUUUAUCAACAAUGUACUUGGGUGUUGGACUCUAAUGUUGAACGACAACUUUACAUUGAUAUAUGGUCAGAACAGGAUAAGUCGUGCAGCUCGUGGAAUAUUACACUUCACGAAUGGUCGGGCAUGGGGGCGCACAGUGAAGGCGGGCUGGCGGCAUCGGCUGGCGAUCUACUUUAUACCUUCUGUGCUCGUCAUAAGAACCAUACAUACACGCUACCCUGGAGACUCAACACAGUUGUUAUUAGAUUAGUUGCACUAUCACGACAACAACCAUUAUAUACAAUCCGAUGGCGGUCACAAGUAGUGCGGGCUAACAGGCCCAGUCCGCCCACUCCAGCCCCCGCAGCAGCAGCCAUCGCCUCCAAUCUCGCGCCAUAUAAUGUUAUUUUAAUUUUAUUGGCGCUUACACGAUACGUAAACACCACCUGAUUUGGGGAAAAUUAUAAAAUAAUUGAUCAGAUAAACCUAAUAUAAAAACUUUUUGUGAAAUUUCAUGCAAACAUGUGAGAGAUCAAAAAUUAAUAUCGACGUGAGAUUGCUUUACAUUUUAUGUUGCAGUGGAAAUCUAUUUGAUGAAAAAAUAUACAUCUUAAAGUCGAAAUACUUUUAAGAAACAAA